ACCUUUUUAUCUGGAAACUCUUCAAAGCAAAUUCCGAAACCUCAAUUCCCAAUUACUUGCAAAACCCGUUUGAUCUAACAUGAACUUCAAAUUUCUUUCAUUGUUACUAAUAAUUGUUUCAGCUGUUCAAGUAAUAUCUAGUGAAGACAAAAACCUAAUCCAAAGCAAUGAACAAGCACAUCUCUUUAAUGGUAACUCUACAAGGUUGAACCAUAAAGUUGUGAGUAUGGAAAGUAAUAAUGAACACAGACAUGGACUAUCUGUUAUUGUAAGAAAAGGAGGAGGAAAGGGUGGCGGCGGAGGAGGAAAGGGUGGCCGAGGAGGAAGCGGCAGAGGAAGGGCGGUGGGUGGAGGAGCGGCUGCUGGAGUUCUCGGAGCUGGAGUUAUAGGUGGUUCAAGUGUCUAUCAUGGCACUCAUCACUCCAACCAUUCUGCUACAGCAUUAUCUGCGGGGCCUCAAGUUUGUGUCUCAGUAUUUAUUUUAUGUUUGAGUUUUUGGCUUUAAUCACAUUGUUUCAUUUCCACUAGUUAAGUGUCCUUUUUUUAGUUGCUUCUGUAUAUAUAUAUAUAUAUAUACAUUAAUCUUCUUCAUGUCUUUACUAGUACUAAUGUAUAUUUUGCCCAUAAUUAAUAUAAUGAUUGCUUGUGAAUUA